AUGACAUUCCUUGUGGGACGGCCGCUGAAUCUGGCCAUUACGGCUACUGCAGGCAGUGGCUUCCUUCUUUUCGGUUAUGACCAAGGCGUCAUGUCAGGUCUCCUGUCGGGGGAUGCCUUUGUUCGGACAUUCCCUGAAAUUGACACCACUGCUAAUGGCCAUGGUAGUUCAUCUUUGCAAGGAACUGUGGUCGCCAUCUAUGAGAUUGGUUGCUUUUUGGGUGCCAUCACGGCGUUAAUUUGGGGUGAGAAAGUGGGACGUCGAAUGUGUAUUAUGGCGGGCUGUGUGAUCCUCUCAAUAGGCGCUGCUCUCCAAGCCAGUGCCUACAGUAUCCCCCAUAUGAUAGUGGGCAGAAUCGUGGCAGGCAUUGGGAACGGUCUCAACACUAGUACUAUUCCGGUUUGGCAUUCCGAGCUGAGUAAGGCUGAAAGUCGGGGAAAAGGACUUGCCAUCGAAUUGUGUAUCAAUAUCUUCGGGGUUAUGACUGCGUACUGGGUCGACUAUGGCAUGAGCUACGUUGCCAACGAGGCGCAAUUCCGUUUUCCCAUAGCUCUCCAGAUCCUCUUUGCUAUUGUCACAUUCAUCGGCUGCAUUUCCCUGCCCGAAUCGCCUCGAUGGCUUAUUGGACAUGGCCGCCAUAGCGAAGCUCGCCGUAUUCUAUGGGCGAUUCAGCCCAACGCCCGCAGCAUGACCGAGGAUGACCCGGUGGUUACCCAGGAUAUUACAGAAAUUACACAAGCCAUUAUGGAGGAACAGUCUGCUUCUGAGGAGGGAUCUUUCCGGCUGAUUUUCAAGAACGGUCCCCAGAAGUUUCUGCAUCGGACACUUCUGGGCAUGGGUGGGCAGAUGAUGCAACAACUGUCUGGCGUGAAUCUGAUCACAUAUUAUAAUACCGUUAUAUUUGAAAAGUCUGUUGGAAUGAGUCACAAUUUGGCAUUGUUGCUGGCAGGCUUCAACGGCGUGGCUUACUUUUUGUCGACCUUUAUCCCCAUAUGGACCAUUGAUCGACUCGGUCGGCGGAAGCUGAUGCUUUUCGCUGUUAUCGGGCAGUGCGCCUGCAUGGCUAUACUCGCCGGUACAGUGUAUGAUGGCGGCCACGCGGCGGGACUGGUGGCCACUGUGAUGCUAUUUCUCUUCAACUUCUUCUUCGCAGUUGGUUUACUCGCCAUCCCAUGGCUUUUGCCCGCAGAAUACUCCCCGUUGGCCAUUCGUACCAGAUCGGCAGCAUUGGCUACGGCAACCAACUGGAUUUUCACUUUUUUGGUGGUGGAAAUCACUCCGGUGAGCAUUUCGAACAUUGGAUAUCGCACCUAUGUCUACUUCGCAGUAUUCAACUUCUGUUUCAUCCCUAUCAUUUACCUUUUCUAUCCCGAGACGCGCAAUCUCACGCUGGAGCAAAUCGAUUGCUUAUUUACCGGCGAGAAGGUGAAGCUCCACUGGCACCCAUCGAUGGGAAUAGCAGGCGACCCCGUUCGUCGCGUGGGAGAGAAGGAUCUAGAGAGUGCCGGCGCACAACAUGUAGAGAAAUUGGUUUCUUUUUCCUAG